GAUAAGUCUAUCUUUCGUCUUAAUAAUUGUAAAUUUUAGUAUACUAGUUGUUGAAUAUUUCUAGAUAAAAAUAUAAAUAUGGUUUUAAUAGUGUCAGUCUAAUAACAAAAAAAUGGUAUGGCUCAAUGAUAAUAAAUAAAACAACAUAACCUAAAAUGCAAAUGUAAAGUAAGACAACAUUAAUUUGAUAUGAGUUCAAUAGAAAUAUAUCAUGAAAAGCAGGUCAGAGAAUUGUGUGCAUUACAUGCAUUAAACAAUCUAUUUCAAUCUAGAGAUGCCUUUAGUAAAAUAGAACUAGAUAGUAUUUGUCAGACCCUUUCGCCAGAUAACUGGAUCAAUCCCCAUAGAUCAGUGUUGGGCUUGGGCAAUUAUGACAUUAAUGUAAUUAUGAAGGCUUUACAAUCCAGAGGGUUUGAAACAAAAUGGUUUGACAGAAGAAAAGAUCCUGAAUGUUUGCAACUAAGUAAUGUGUGUGGUUUUAUUUUAAAUGUUCCAAGUGAUUAUAAAAUUAGUUUUGUGACACUUCCUUUAAGAAGAAGGCAUUGGAUUACUAUUAGGGAAUUGAAUGGAUUGUAUUAUAAUUUAGAUUCUAAAUUGGAUAAACCCCAAGUUAUAGGAAGGGAGCUAGACCUAUUGGAUUUUUUAAAACAAGAAAUGGACAGUAAAGACAAACAGUUAUUUUUAGUAGUAACCCAAGAGGUUGAUAAAAGUCAAACUUGGCUAAGAGACCAAGAGGCAUAUAGCAAUAACAUUACAGAGAGAGAAGCUGAAAUUUUGAAGUUGGGAGACAUCAAUUCUAUGAAUAGUUUAAACUAGAAUAUUUUUAUUGUGAGGAUUUUUAAUUACAGUAUUUUUUAGUCUGCAAUUUU